AUUAUUUGCUUCCUCCUUGCAAAAUAUAAAAAUUACAGGCCCUCUGCCCAAGGCUCCUUUCUCCCUGCAACUUCUCAAUGCUGUUGCUCUUCUCGCUGUUCCUUCACCGCCACCGCAUCGAGUACAUCCUAAACCAAGCUACUACACCUUUACUCGCAUAGAGAAAGUGAGAGACUGCGUCUGUGUGUGUCAGUUUGUGUGUUUUGGGGGAAGCCAGAAAGGGAAAAAGAAGGUCUGAGAUAGUGCAAUUUUGAGAGCUAAAAAUAUAGAGGAUUUAGAGAGUACUUUGGCGAUCAAGUGGAAAGAGUGCGACUCCAGACCAAACACGAAAGAAGAAGACCCUGCUUUGAAGAAACUUCGUUUAACUUUUGAUUCCAACUAGUUCUUCCCGAACGCACAGAGAGAGAGAGAGAGAGAGAGAGAGAGGCAGUUGAUCUGGUUAGUGCCUGACAUCAGAGCAAGAAAAAAUGGGUUGCUGUUAUUCUCGAGUGGAGAGAGUAGAGAUCGUGUCACGUUGUAAAGCAAGAAAGAAGUACAUGAAGCAACUAGUGAAGGCAAGGCAAGCAUUCUCCGCCGCCCACAGCUUGUACCUUCGUUCUCUUCGCAGUACAGGCUCAGCCCUGUUCCAGUUCGCCAAUGCCGAAACCAAUCUCCACCACAUCCGCCGCCGACCCCACCACAAUGCCUCACCACCACUCCUCCCCUCUCCAACGCCACCUCCGCCUCCACCACCAAUGAGCCCCAGCUCCGACACGUGGACGUCUAUAACAGCCUCCCCAGCUCUUCCGCCGCCGCCUCCACCGCCGCUGGCGUCUUCCACGUGGGAUUUCUGGGACCCAUUUGUGCCACCGUCGUCUUCUCGGUCCGUGACUGAGGAGGAGUGGGAGGAGGCAACGAUGACGGCGUCGGAGGCUGUGGUCACGCCCACCGCCGCAGCAAGCUCUACGCCGCCACCUUCUGUGGUCAGUGGGUUCUCUAAGGACACCACGAGCUCGCUCGCUAUGGUUGUAGCAAGGAACAGUAAAGAUCUCGUCGAGAUUGUGAAGGAGCUUGAUGAGUACUUUCUCAAGGCCGCUGAUGCUGGUGGCCAGGCCUCAUUGCUCUUGGAAGUUUCAAGUGCUAGCUUUUCUAGUCAGAGCAGUAAAGAAGGAAAAUUUUACAAUCAUGGAUUUAAUUUUAGUCAGUCGUUGUGGACAUGGGGCUUGAGUCCAAAUUCUAACGGUUUUGGCAAGUUUGGAGGGGAAAUGCAGGGAAGUGGUGUUGUGGGUGGGGGUAUUGCCGGUGGCAGCCACUGUUCAACUUUGGAGAGGCUAUAUGCUUGGGAGAAAAAAUUGUACCAGGAAGUCAAGAUAGCAGAGACCCUAAAGAUAGAGCGAGAGAAGAGGGUGGGGCAGCUGAGGAGUCUAGAGAUGAAGAGGGCUGACUAUAUGAAGACUGAGAAGAGCAAGAAAGAAGUUGACAAGUUGGAGUCGCAAAUGAUGGUUUCUUCCCAGGCCAUAGAGACCACCUCUGCAGAGAUUGUCAAAUUAAGGGAAACCGAGCUCUACCCACAACUCAUUGGGCUUGUCAAAGGAUUGAUGUGCAUGUGGAGAAGCAUGUAUGAGUGCCACCAAGUCCAAACUCACAUAGUUCAGCAGCUGAAAUACCUCAAUACCAUUCCAUCAACUGAACCAACAUCCGAGAUUCACCGGCAAUCAACUCUCCAGCUUGAGCUUGAGGUUCAACAAUGGCAUCAGUCAUUUUGUUACCUGGUUAAGGCCCAAAGGGAUUACAUCGAGUCCCUUGUGAGUUGGCUUCGGCUUAGUCUCUUCCAGAUCAGCAAAAAUCCACUAUCCAGAGCUGCUCAGGAAUCAAGAAUUUACUCACUUUGUGAAGAAUGGCACGUUGCACUUGACCAAAUUCCUGACAGGGUGGCAUCUGAAGGAAUCAAGAGCUUCUUAACAGUAAUCCAUGCCAUUGUAGUUCAACAAGCAGACGAGCUUAAGCAGAAGAAAAAGUCAGAAUCUGCAUUUAAAGACCUUGAGAAGAAGGCGAUUGAGCUUAGAUCACUCGAGAACAAGUACGGUCCAUAUUCCAUGCCAGGAUCCUCUGGCACUACGGGCAGCAAGUACCCAGUUGCAGAGAAGCAUGCAAAGGUGGAGAUCUUGAGAGCAAGGGCAGUGGAAGAGAAAACUAAGCAUGAAAAAUCGGUCAGUGUAACAAGGGCAAUGACGCUGAAUAAUCUUCAGAUGGGCUUUCCACAUGUGUUUCAGGCCAUAGUGGGAUUUUCUAGUGUGUGUACUCAAGCAUUUGAAUCAGUAUACAACAAAACCAAAGGUGCUGAUGAUGAGCUUAAUGUGAAGAGGAUACUAGCUUGAGAAGAAGACAUGGAUUAGGCAAAAUGAAAGUGACGUUCUUGUGAAUUGAAGUGUCCUCUUGGGUAGACAAACUGAACUCCAGCAGAAUUGCAGGCCCAACAUUGCAGGAUUCUUCCCCUCUACAAAUUCUUUCGUACAAAAUAAUGGUAGAAUUCACGACCCUGAAGCCUGCGGAAUUUUUCUUGCCAAGGAGGCAGGCCAACUGAUACUAGAGGUUGAAGAUGGGGAAUGCAACAUACCUAUGAGUUUUCAAUUACAUUUUAUACCUCCGUUUUUUCUUGCCAUGGGAAAGCGUUUGGAUGGCUUUACCUCGUGUUUAUUUUCGAUUUCUAAUAAAGGGUUAUGUUGAUGUAGUUUGCUAUCAUUUUGACCCAAUGUACGCUACAACUAUGUAAGGGUCACCAAGUCUUGUUCAUUGCCGUAGAUGGUUGGCUUCUGUAAGAGGGCAUGGACACAAAUGAGUUAUGGGUCGUUGCAAUAGUACUUAGAAAUUUUGACAUCUUUAGAUACCCCACUAGAGGUGUGACAGAUGAGACGGAGAUAUCUCAUGUUCUGAUCCGGUGUCGAGAUAAGAGAGGCACAUGAAGUGAAUUCUACCAUGAAUAUGAGUAAAUAUUAUAACUCA